AUGAUAAAAAUCUUAGUUAGUUUGACUUUUUUGUCUACUCUUACACUCUCGAAAUAAUCCUAACAUAAUGUUCAAUCCGAGAUUUCACACGGUAUGCCUGGUCACAAACAUGGCAUUAAACUUGGCUGUGAGAAGGGUUCUGACUGUAACAUGAAUUAAUAAUGUGUGAGAGCAGUUUGUAUUGACAACGAGGCACUAGCUGAGCUAGUUAAAGUUUAUUUACCUAGAGAAUUAACAGUUCAGACUUAAUAUAGACGAUAAAACCCUCAAUGUAAGACUGUUUAUGACUGCCCUAAUGGCUUCGACAAAUGCUCAAUGGGGCAUUGUAUGAAUAACUAUAAAACUGCUCAGUUGCAAAGCUCUAUCAAGUCAGCUUAUGACAAGUACUCUGAUAGUAUUUAUGAAGAAUCUCCAAAGGUUAUGGGAGAGGACAUGACUUGUGUUACUUAAAUGCAAUGCAUCGCUGGCCAUGAAUGCCACAAGGGUCUUUGCAGACAAAUCAUAGAACACGAGAACAGUCAUCAUCAAAAAUAAUAUCCAAAGAAAGAGAAGACCUUUAUGGGCUACGACGAUGACUACUACUACUAAAACUGA